CCCCCCAAGAGCGGCCAGUCUCAUUUGGUAAUUCAUUAAUUUUCUCUUAUCACUUAUCGUCCCCUUAACUUUUCAUCUGAACUAUCACCGUAGUUUUCCCCUUACUUUUCAUCUGAACUAUCACCGUAGUUUUCUUGAUAUUAAGCAAGCUUUUCUUUUCAUGGAGUUUGCUCUUAUUUAACCACUGAAAUAGAUAAAGCUAGCUUGCUUGUAGACUCUGCACACCCUACAAAGACUGCAGCUGUCAAAUCUUCUACUUCUUCUUCUUCAGGAACUUUUGUAUUCUGCUUUUGUUCUUCUUUACUCUGUUGGGCUUAAUGGUCCUUUUUUUUUUUGGUUUCACAUGAAAAAAAAAGGUGGUGUAAAUAAGGAAAUGAUGAAGAAAAUGAAGUAUGUGUUGGUGACUGGAGGAGUAGUAAGCGGACUGGGCAAAGGAGUGACGGCUAGUAGUAUUGGAGUGGUUCUUAAGGCCUGUGGUCUUCGUGUUACUUGCAUCAAGAUAGAUCCUUAUAUAAACAGUGAUGCCGGAACAAUGUCACCUUUUGAACAUGGAGAGGUUUUUGUCUUGGAUGAUGGUGGAGAGGUGGACUUGGACCUUGGAAAUUAUGAACGGUUUCUAGAUAUCAAAUUGACAAGAGACAAUAAUAUCACCACUGGAAAAAUUUACCAGGCUGUUAUUGACAAGGAAAGAAGAGGAGAUUAUCUGGGAAAGACUGUCCAGAUUGUUCCUCAUGUUACUGAUGCUAUUCAAGAAUGGAUAGAACGCGUGGCAAUGAUACCAGUGGAUGGCUUACCUGGUCCUGCUGAUGUUUGUGUCAUUGAAUUGGGUGGCACUAUAGGAGAUAUUGAGUCCAUGCCAUUUAUUGAGGCUCUAGGACAGUUCUCGUAUCGUGUGGGAGUUGGUAACUUUUGCCUGAUUCAUGUCAGCCUUGUUCCUGUUUUAAAUGUUGUUGGUGAACAGAAAACGAAACCAACUCAGCAUAGUGUUCGUGGACUGAGAGCAUUAGGAUUGACACCAAAUAUCUUAGCUUGUCGCAGCACAUUGGCACUUGACGAGAAUGUAAAGGUGAAACUCUCUCAAUUUUGCCAUGUACAGGCAGAAAAUAUCAUCACUCUCUAUGAUAUUCCCAACAUCUGGCGCAUUCCUUUGCUUUUAAGAGAUCAGAAGGCGCACGAAGCGAUUUUGAGAGUGCUGAAUCUUCAUUGUACUAAUAGGGAGCCUAGCUUAAAGGAGUGGACUUCUAGGGCUGAUAUCUGUGAUAUGUUGCAUGAACCGGUCCGAAUUGCCAUGGUUGGAAAGUAUACUGGUCUUACAGAUUCCUAUCUGUCAGUAAUAAAGGCUCUUUUGCAUGCAUCUGUUGCUCUCCGUAGGAAACUUGUAGUGGACUGGGUUCCAGCUUGUGACCUUGAGGAUGAAACGGCAAAAGAGAAUCCUGAUGCUUAUAAGGUUGCAUGGAAAUUGUUAAAGGGUGCAGAUGGCAUUCUUGUUCCAGGAGGGUUUGGUGAGAGAGGUGUGGAAGGGAAAAUUCUCACAGCCAAGUAUGCAAGAGAGCAUAGGGUCCCAUUCCUUGGCAUUUGCCUUGGAAUGCAAAUUGCAGUCAUUGAAUUUGUACGAUCUAUUCUUGGUUUGCAAGAUGCUAACAGCACGGAAUUUGAUCCUAACACUAAGAAGCCCUGUGUCAUAUUAAUGCCUGAGGGUUCAAAAACCCAUAUGGGCGGUACUAUGCGUCUUGGGUCGAGGAGGACAUAUUUCCAAGUCAUGGACUGCAAAUCUGCAAAAUUAUAUGGAAAUAAAAGUUUUAUUGAUGAGAGACAUCGGCAUAGAUAUGAGGUGAAUCCUGAUAUGGUAUCUCGCCUGGAGGAAGCUGGGCUUUCAUUCACUGGCAAAGAUGAAACUGGUCAGCGAAUGGAGAUUGUUGAGCUGCCUAAUCAUCCUUACUAUAUUGGUGUUCAAUUCCAUCCUGAAUUUAAAUCAAGACCAGGAAAACCCUCUGCUUUAUUCUUAGGACUAAUUGCAGCAGCAUGUGGGCAAUUAGAUGCUCUCUUGCAUGGCUACAAGGUUCCCAAUGGAAUAAGCAAUGGAAUUCCAAUACAAAAAGUAAAUGUUUACCAAAAUGGACACGUUGCAAAGUUUGCAAAAAUCGCUGCCGAUGGCAUAUACAGCAACUGCAAUAGUGUGCACUACUAGUCUGCUGCUGCCUUUGUUACAGUGCCUAUUAUUAUUAUUGUUUUUCUGGAGUGAUAGUUGUUCUACUGAUACUCUUGCUAGUGUCUUUGGAUUGCCUUGUACAGUGAGUUGAGUAUGGGUAGCUGUCAUUAGUUUCAAGAGAGAAUUUGCAACUGGAUUGAACAGAGCUGGUUCCUGGUCUUUUAAACGGGACAGCUCUGUUAUAAUUUACAGUGUAGCAUACUUUCUGCUGGUGCUUUUCUGCGAAGAUCGUCUUUUACAGUUGUUUUGCAAUGAGAAUUCCUUUCUUUAUUUCUUUUCAUCACAA